AUGCCGACGCCAGAUCCACUUUCGUUCACCGCACCCUCACAUAUACGGGUCCUCCUCGCCCCUGUCGGCCGUAUAAAGCGGGCCAAGUUCUAUGAAUUUGUAGAACGAUUGCAGGUUGUUAAUACAGUUCGGUUGGAAGAUGUCAGUCUCGAUUCGAGAGGGACAAAGAGUCUCCGACGAUACCAGGUCAUUGCUCUCGCCGACUAUCAUGAACGAAAUUCCGUCGCAGACCUUCGAGCGGGGAUUCAGGAUUUGAAUUUCCAGUACCCAAAAGCCCUGUUAUUUCCGCUGGUUAUGUUUGAUACCCCCAUAGGUGACGACCUAUUCUCGAGAGACACUCAUCUUUGGAAAGAAGAUGGCGAGGUAUCUUCUAAUGUCGCCGAGUACCCUAAACUCACCAUACCAAUACCCUCGAAGUAUGAAUCGUCGGUUGCAUCGAUCAAGUCGGUCAUGUCUGACCUUACAGGUUUACUUCUUUCUGGGUUUUCACGGUUAUCGAAGGAUUUACAAACGCUUCCGACCAUUGAAGCGCCAGCAUCCGGUGAUAAUGAGCGACCGAGGCCUAAUACCAGGAUGUCUUUACCUGUUCCUGGAACGCUUCCAAAUCCGGCGCUAUCGAACUUGGGUGUAGGAUCCCGGUUGACUACUAUGACCGGGUUUGGAAAUGCAACUAUUUCGGAAAAGGAACGGUCUAGAGGGAAGGCGAGGAUUAAUAUUGCUAUCGCCAACUUACACCUCAUGACUGGAUUUGUGACGGAUGCAUUUCGAGAAUUCACAGAAGGGGCUCUUGCUGCGAAGAAUAGCGGCGACUUCCUAUGGCACGGGAAGGCAUUAGAAGGCAUAGGUGUGUGCUUGGUGAUUAUGGCAUACAUGGGUCUUGAUCUUCAGAUACCUACUGUGGUGUUUCCUGCGACAACUCCAUUGUCGGAAACAAAAUGGAAGUUGAAUGGUGCCGUUACUGAGACCCUUGAGACGCUGUUCUCAAUGAUGCCUGAGCUUCUAAAUACAAUCUUAGGUCUUUAUAGCAGAGCUGGCACAUUCAACAGCGAGCCAGCACCAGCUCUUGUACAAUCCGAGACUAUCAUCCGGUUCUGCAAGUUGAUGGUUGUUGCUCAGCAGUGCCAUGGGCUUAAUGCCAACUCGUUGGGGCAUAUCGUACUUGGGACACCUCUUCCUGCCAAUCUUGGGAAACCGCAGAUGAAGAAUCUCUCGAGGGGUGAUAUCGCAUCUUUAGUGAUGAAGGCAUAUCCUAAUAACCUCCAGAGUCUUACGGUUGUUGAUGCCGCGAGUAUUCUUGGUGGUAUGGCAUCGGUACUCGACAAAAUAGAAUUCAAGAGGAAGAAGGCACUCGUAACAAGGGAGUUGUUAAAGCUCUUGGUGCCUAGUUUGAUACAAGCCAGAGUUGUGGGUGCCGCGGAAACUGGAUUACAUCCUACAGCCUCGGGAGGGGAGGAAUUUAGACCAGCCAGCAGAAAUGGACCGUCACGGCCGGGGACUCCGCAACCUCAGGAAGGCCAAGGAGGACUUGACGGCGACGAAGCAGAUAUUGUUCGAACCAGUCGUCUCCUAGAUGACCUCUGCUCUGCAUACGGGAUAACACAUGAUACUCUAUCACAAGCCAUCGAAACGUCUACGGAUGAAGAGAAGAAUACAUUGCUACGAAAGAACCUUGCUGACGCCAAUCACUUUAGAAGCUUUGGUUGGCUGUCACUGAAGGUCGGAGUUUUGAGGUCUUGUAUUCUUCUUACAGAGGCUAUUCCGGAUUAUGAAGCCAUAUUGCGAUAUACGACAAAGCUUCUGGAGAUUGCGGGUACGGAAUUGAGUAAAGGGGAGCAGGGAAAGUUGGCGGAAAGUUUUACUAGAACAGUGGGACUUGCGAGGAAGAGUGGGUUGGAUGAGGAUAUGGGUGGUGUAGCUGAAUAUUGGGAUGAUUACUUGCUUAGAGAUAUUGAGCUGGUAGAAUCUCAAAUUUGGAAGCCUCCUAUUCCUCAUGCUGCUGCCGAACUAUCCGCAGUUACUGAAGCCGCCAAAAAUCCCUUUAUUUACAAUCCAUUUGCUUCGAAGCACACAACGGUCACUUCGCUCUCAUCAACAACAAUCAAAACGCUGCUUGUUGAGUCAGAACCGGUUGACUUUUUGAUAACGUUGCAAAAUCCCUUUGACUUUGAGAUUCAGAUUGAUACCGUGGAGUUGGAUGUUACGGGGGUCGAAUUUCAGACUUUACCUGCGAGUGUAGUGAUUGGCUCCUAUCGACAGCAUACUUAUGUCAUAACUGGUAUCCCCCAAAGUUCUGGUACGAUGAAGCUCCUUGGUGCCAAGAUCAAAGUCUACGGUUGCAAGGAGAAGUUCUUCCCUAUCGUACCGGAUGUCCGAAUGGUACCUGUGGAUGGGGAAGAUAAGAUCAAGAAAGUCGGCAUUGGGGCAAUGAAACUCGAACAUCCUCGGCCGAAAUCACAUAUAUCGUCUAAUUCCAACAACGUCAGAGCGAGUCAGAUACCCCAACCGACUUUUGGACCUGAUCUCAAACAGUUAUCCAUUAAUGUUAUACCCUCUCAACCAAAACUCAGUAUCACGCAUACCAGUCUUCCUCAAAAUGCGAUCAUGGUACUCGAAGGCGAGAAACAACUGUUUACGGUUCAUGUUAAGAACGAGAGCGACUCUGUUGCUGUGGACUUUGUGACUAUUAGUUUUGUUGAUAGUACAACCGAGCCUGUUACCAAUGCGAUUUCGCAGAAGCAAGGACUACCAGCGGAAGUUUAUGAAUUGGAAGUUAUCCUCUAUAAGAAAAAGGCGUUUGAGUGGAUACGGCCGGAGGAGAAAGUGACUAUUCAACCCGGGGGAACUGGUGUUUUCAAGGUUCAAGUGCUUGGGAAACCUGGAUUAACUAGUGGGAAAGUCGUGGUUGACUAUGGGUUCAUCGAUCGAGAUGGGAAAAAGAAGGAAGGCGAAGGGAGUGGAGGGUGGUACACUAGAAGAACGGAGACGGACGUUACGGUUACAGUUAACGCUGCGGUUGAGCUCGUGAGGAUGGACUUCUUACCGUGGAGCGGGGUGAGCUCGUCGCUGAUAGCGGAGCAUCCGGAGACUCAACAGCUAUCAAAUGGGAAUGGAGAGUUCAGCAAAUCGAAGUUUCCCACGAGAAAUGAACAAGUCCGGGAGUUGUUUACACGGCUGUCUAAUGUCGAUAAUCCGAGCACUUAUGCAUUGGUCCUUAUCGAUAUCCGAAAUUCGUGGCCGCAUCCUUUGAGGGUUUCUAUGGGAUUCGAUCCGGCUGAGGAGGAUAUUGGUACAGGGGAUGAUAUGCGUUUCACGGCUUCGGAUACUAUACCUGCGGGACAUUCGACGCGGUUAAUAUUACCGCUGAAGAGGGUUUAUGUAUCGAAUCCGACGGCGCCGAUACCGAGUUUGAGCAAAACACAGCGACAGUAUGUGGUUUCUUUGACGAAGGUUUCACCAGAGUUGGAGAGGGUUACUAGGGAAGGGUUCUGGUACAAAGAGGCGGUUUUGAAGAGAAUCAGUGGGACUUGGGAGGAAGUUGGGACGGAGAGGCAGGGGGUUGUUGAGUGUAGGAACUUUAGGAUGGGAGUGAGUAGAGGAGUUGAUGUUGUUAAGGCCGAGGAAGUAGAAGUUACGGUUGAUCUAGAAAAUGAUGGGGAAGCGGGAGAUGGAGCGGAGGUUAAGAGUACAGGGAGGGGGAGGUGGAGCGUUAAAACAGAUCACUUUUUCAAAGUGAAGGUUUCGGUGAGGAAUAGAGGACUGAAAAAAGUGAGGUUGAUUAGUCGGAUAUUACCUUGUUUGAGAUUCGUGGGGGGUAGUACUGGGAAUUCGGGACUGGAGAUGACGAGAAGAGCAGGAUUUAAUGGAACUUUACAGAAGUCUUUGGGGUGGAUUAAGGGUGGUGAGGAAAGGACUAUUGAGAUGGGGAUGGUGGUUAUUGCUAGUGGGGAGUAUGAGAUGUUGGGAUGUGUGGAGGAAGUUAAAGGGGAUGAUUAUGAUGAAGAAGAUGUUGAUGAUGGAACGAAGAAGAGCAGAGAGCCGUUGGAAGUUGAGCAGAGGUUAUUGGAGGAUAUGAUUAGAGGGGAGAGGAAGGUGUGGUAUGCGCGGGAUGUAUGCAAUGUUGUUGCUAGUGAUUGA